UUAAACCUCGAAACUGUUUAGCGAGUGCGGUGUAGCUAUGCUACACUCACCACGACACAUUACACAGUCACACGUGCAUGAUGCAUCUUAAUUCUCACGUGAAGGAAAAACAAAUAUUCUGAUCAAAUUCUUCAUUCCAGCUACUUCAAUUUCCUCUUUUCUUCAACCUAACAACAUUAUUCUGUUUUUGCAUUAUGGAUUUGAAAGGAAAAAGUCUUUGUUACCAGAGAAAAUCUCUCACAACGAAACCACUAAACAACGUUGUUAGUGACAGAAAAUUCCUCAUUGAUUUCAUAAUCACAACUUACCUAGGACCUGAUGUUAAAUCUGAUAAUCCAAAAUGUUCAUCACUUCAAAGAUUAAUCACUGGAUUACCACCUUAUAAUUUGCAUGAUUUAGGAUCUUCUUAUGUUUCAAUUUCUCUCUUAGAGAAAUUAUAUUACUACCUCCUUAAAAAUGCAAUUCCUGAACUUAGAUUAGAUAUUAAUAUGUUUCAUAUGUAUUUAAAGGGAAAGUUGGUCUUGCCCAAUAAUGAAUUUUCAGAGGGUAGUCAACAAUUUACUAGUAUUUUUCCUUUGAAUCUUCAUAAACAGAUUUGGUAUCCUGAUAGCUUUAGAAUUGUUAAAGGGGUUGUUUUGAUUGAUGAUCCGAGUGUGUCGUUGUGUGUUAAAGAGGAGGAUUUGAAUAGGUUUAGGUCGUUGACCGGUGUUGAUAGUUUGAAGUUGGAUUUAAGUGAAUGUCUGCGUGUUCGGAUUCAACCUCGGUUCAGCAAAGAGAGUAGUGAUAGUGAUUAUGUUAACAAAUUGGGAAAAGAAAGUGAUAGUGACUAUGUUAAUAAAUUGAGCAAGGAAAGUGAUGGUGACUGUGUUAACAAAUUGAGCAAAGAAAGUGAUAGUGACCGUGUUAACAAAUUGAGCAAGGAAAGUGACGGUGAUUGUGUUAACAAAUUGAGCAAGGAAAGUGAUGGCGAUUGUGUGAACAACUUGUUGGAGAGUAGUCCUAAGGAGGGGUGCCAAUCGGGGAAGUUUCGACAAGAGCGUAAGAGAAAGUAUGUUGAUGAAGAUACUACAUCAAUGCCGGAAUUUCCACAUACUGCUAAUGGAGAUCCUUCUUUGGACAAGAUGUGGAAAUCUGAUGGGCCUUCGCUGAUGCCACUUCUCUCGAUCCCUGAUAUUGACGAUUGUGUGCAAAGUUAUUCUGUUGUUUUGACAGGGACAGCCAAUAGAGGGCUACUUGGUCCGUCGGUUGGUGUUGUGGAUAUUGGUAUUAGUGAAGUGGCAUAUCUAUUUCGAGUUUUGGUACCAGGUGUCAAGAGAGAGCACAAUCGGUUCAGUUGUGAUAUUGAAUCUGAUGGGAAGGUUGAGAUCAGAGGGUUGUUAUCUGGUGGAAGAACUAUAGCGAGACAGUCACGUCUUUUCCAAAUGAAAACCCAUCAGUUAUGCUCUCCUGGGCCAUUCACAAUUUCAUUCAGUCUUCCAGGACCUGUUGAUCCAAGACUCUUUGCACCUAACUUUAGGUCUGAUGGUAUUUUUGAAGGAGUUGUAAUCAAGCUCUAGUUUUGGGCAUCUAGCUUUUGUAAGUAAAUCUAAAUGUUCUGAAAGUGCGAUGAACAAAUUUUUGGUUUAUUUUUUGCUUUAUUGCACCAGAUGCUGUUAUGUCAUCUAAGUUGACAGUGAACUAAUUUUGUUUAUCCAACUAUUGAGGAAAUGGAAUGAUAUAGAUUUGUCUGCUACUA